CCUCGUCCCCCCGCCCCUUUCGCCGCACAUUUCCUUUUCUCCCCUCCGCCCCGGGUGCCCCCUCACCAUGGACAGCUCAGCAUCCCCCCCGGCCGGGGAACCGGCGCAGCUCCUGCUUGAGCGAUCUUGGCGCCAGCUGGCCGCCUUCCAUGAGGCCUUCGCCGGGCUGCUGGGGGUCUUGUCGCCACCGGAAGCGCCCGGGGACCCGGGUCCCGGGGAGGCAACAGCGCCGGGCCGCAAUGCGCGCAUCAAUCCGCGUCCGGUUGGUCGUGCGGAUGUGGAAGCCGCCGUGGCAGCCCUCGUGCGUGUCGGCCGUGCCCUCUCGGAAACCUGCGAAGGCAUGGCCGCGCGCGAGGACUUCCUGUGCAUCGAGGCCGAGCUGAUCUACCGCGCUCGGCAAUCGACCAGCCGGCAGCCCCUCGAUCGGGAUCCCGGGCUGCCGGCCUUCCGGCCGGAGCAUCUCCAUGCUCUCCGCCGGCGAGUCCAGGCCCUGGACAAGCAGGAGGCCUUCCUGAACGAUGUCAUCAUCCGGGAGGGCCGCGAGCCGCUGCUGCGCCUGCGCCGGCAGUUGGCCGAGUGCGAGGCCGUCGCGCGCCAAGCCAACAUCGACCUGGCGACCCCGCCUCUGAAAUAGGCCUCCGCUCCCCCUUCCCCCUCCCAAGCCGUGUCCGGCCGAAUGGACCUGCUGAUGUGUCCCCCCCCC